AUGACAAACUUGGUGGAAGCGUUGAAAAACGGUGAUGUAUGUGUGUGUUCAACAGUGUCUACAAAAGGUUCACCAACAGUAUCAACAACAUCUUCUUCAAUUAUAACGCCAUCAUCAAUAUUCGUACCAAACACAACAACCGCACCAAAAUCAACAGCCGCACAUAACACAACAACCGCACCAAUAUCAACAGCCGCACAUAACACAACAACCGCACCAAAAUCAACAGCCGCACAUAACACAACAACCGCACCAAUAUCAACAGCCGCACAAAACACAACAAGAGCACCAAUAUCAAAAGCCGCACAAAACACAACAACCGCACCAAUAUCAACAUCCGCACAUAACACAACAACCGCACCAAUAUCAACAGCCGCACAUAAUACAACAACCGCACCAAAAUCAACAGCCGCACAUAACACAACAACCGCACCAAUAUCAACAGCCGCACAUAGCACAACAACCGCUCCAAUAUCAACAGCCGCACAUAACACAACAACCGCUCCAGAAUCAACAGCCGCACAUAACACAACAGCCGCACCAAUAUCAACAGCCGCACAUAACACAACAACCGCACCAAUAUCAACAGCCGCACAUAACACAACAACCGCACCAAUAUCAACAGCCGCACAUUACACAACAACCCUGAUGUAA